UUUCCAAAAGAACUCGCUUAAAAAACUCCGCCGUAAAAAUGCAGAGGAGCUAUGCAGAAUUGCAUAUGACUUCCAGCUAAACAAUCACCAACAACACCUAUUAAUGCUCGUAUCACCCUCUCCGCUGAAAAUCGACGUUUUAUUUUAAUUGCUUUCAUGACUUCGGUGUUCAUUUCUUGUUUUUAAAUGAAGAUAAGAAGGCACCGUUAUCUCUGAAAUGCAGUGUAUUCAGCGAUAAUGGCCUAGUGAGACACCCACAAAACCAGUUCGUGCAUUCAUUUGCAUGUGCAAAUUCGAUUAGCUCAUUGAUCUUCAUAAAGUGAAAGUGACUUCGGACGCGCCUUUUCGGUUUACUUAGAAUUACAUACAUACGUAUAAAGCACAAUGUUCUCGUACUCGGGUCAUGUAAUGACAUUGGCCAACAGCAUUAUAGGCGUUGGUAUACUGGCCAUGCCAUUUUGCUUUCAGAAAUGCGGUAUUAUACUGUCCAUCGUACUGCUCGUGCUUAGCAAUUGGAUUACGCGCGUGUGCUGCCACUAUCUCAUCAAAACGUCGCUGCUGACACGUCGGAAAAGCUUUGAGUUGCUUGGUCUGCACGCAUUCGGUGCUUCCGGCAAACUACUCGCUGAACUAUGCAUCAUUGGCUAUCUAAUUGGCACUUGUAUCACCUACUUUGUAGUUGUAGGUGAUCUGGGUCCACAAAUCGUAUCAAAAAUGUUUGCACUGGACACUGCCAAGCACGCACAUCUACGCACUAUAGUCAUGUUGGUGGUCACCGUGCUCUGCAUUGCACCACUGGGUAUGCUGCGAAAUGUGGAUAGCCUAUCGGUCUUGUGCACAGCUUCGAUUGGCUUUUAUGUGUGUCUGAUGCUGAAAAUCGUGCUCGAGUCGGAGACGCACAUUUUGGAUAACGAUUGGACGGAUAAAGUUGUGUAUUGGGAACCAGCGGGGGUGCUGCAGUGCCUGCCAAUUUUCAGUAUGGCGCUCUCCUGUCAAAUGCAACUAUUCGAGGUAUUUGAGAGCAUAAAUAAUCAGAGUCUAGAGAAGCUUAAUGGAAUUGUUACGAACGCGACCUGGAUCUGUACUCUUGUUUAUAUUGCGGUCGGAUUUUUUGGAUAUGUAGCCUUUUGCACACACAACUUCUCGGGAAACAUCUUGGUCAAUCUAUCGCCUUCUUUUGGAAGCGACAUAAUCAAAAUCGGCUUUGUGCUGUCAAUUGCCUUUAGCUUCCCUUUGGUCAUAUUUCCAUGCAGAGCCAGCAUAUACUCUCUGCUUUAUCGCAAGCAGGGGCACGUGGAUGCCACCAAUUAUAUACCAGAGCAGAGAUUUCGUGCCAUUACGUUGUUUAUUGUGGGCUUCUCUCUCUGCAUUGCACUAGUGAUACCUUCAGUGGAGCUAAUCAUUGGAUUGGUUGGGUCCACAAUUGGCGUUGCUAUAUGCAUUAUGUUUCCCGCCUCAAGCUUUCGAAAAAUUAUUAAAAAAGAAUCGACCGAACGUACGUUCGCUCAGUUUAUCUUUGUCGGUGGCUUUUGUUUGAUGAUACUUGGAACCUAUGCCAAUUUAAAUGCCAUUGACGAGCAGAGCUCCGGGCCGCAAUUUGAUGUCAAGCAAGUGGUAACGCCGUUACUGCCUCAUGGUAAACCAGCACUGGAACUACAAUUUGGAAAUUCGGAAUUGCUUAAACACCUGGCAAAAGAGCCAGAAAAGAAACCUGAAAAACAAGAUAUGCCUAAGCUGGAGCUCAAGAACAUGGAUGUGAAGGAUAACAAUAUAAACACUGAGGAGAAAUUAAAAGAUUCUCCCGCUGCCCUCAAAAAAUCUGGAGUACCUUUACCGCCCUUACCCGUGGAUGAGACGCACUCUGGCAGUAUUUCUCUGCCGCCCUCGGUAGUGACAAAUUCUAAGAUACCAGAAAAACCAAAUAAUGCUGCUGCGCCAUUAGUUAGCACUAAGGACUCGAUCAAUAACAAAUCCCUAGUAGAAGCAGGUGCCAUUGCAGUUGAGUCUUCCGUUCCAGAAAAGCCACUGGUUAUAAACGUUCCAACGCAACAGACGAUUGAUAGGGCUGCCAUCAAGAAGGAGGAAGAAAUUGUCGCCGAGGAGCAAAAGGAGAGCAAAGCCAAUGCCGAAGAGCUGCGUAAAACGCAAAACGAGUUAAAGAAGACCAAAGAGCUAUUGGAGCGCACUGUUGAUGAGUUGAAGGAAGAACUAGCCAAACAAAAUCAAGAGGCAAAAAAUCUGGUUGCAGAAAAGCUCAAUGAAGUCGCUGAAAAAGUUGAAGAAAUUGAGCGCAAAGUCAAAAAAGACGGGCCGGAGCCGGAAAAGCCACUUGUAGCUAAACCAGUUGUAGCCCAGCAAUUAGCUCAACCAGUUGCUCCACAAGACGCGGCGUCACCACUGCAACCAGUGGCUCCAUCAGCAGCUCAACCAGAUGCUAAAUUAGCAGCUCAGCCUGCAGCCCAACCAGUAGCUCAGCCGGUUGUUCUUCCAGCCGUUGAGCCAAAACCCAAGGCUUCCUUAAUAGAACUGCUUACGGAAAAUGUACAUGCGCGCGAGGAACAGGAAGCCCACGCUGGUGUCUAUGAGCCACUAUCCUAUAAAACUGGCGAACUAUUAAAAAAUGCCAGUAUUGACGUUCCAGCUAUGGCGCAACGCCUACCUCUACCCCUGGCCCUUUUAAGAAAUGCAUCGCAGCCCAAUGGUACUAUGACUGAUGUGGCAAAAGAGUCGGCAGCAGAGGCGAUGCCUGCUGAUAAGACAAAUAAAACCAGCGAUGUGGAAAAUGUGGAGGCCAUACGUCGGGAGCUGCUACACAUGAGGAGGGCAGAGACAACGACACCACAUCCAUCAGCACGCAUUAAACGAGACACGAAUGAAAAUUGUCUGCGUGAGCCCAAUCUUAAUGUGAUGAAUAGCGCCGCAGCCAUUAGCUUACAAAUCGAAAAUAUUGGACGAGAUCUGAAGUCCGUCAACGAUGAUGAUGAAACGAGUGCAAAGCAAGAGGUCUGACCCAACCAAUCCUACCAAUAUUAAACUUAAGUAUGAUAAAGUAUUUCAUUUACAAAGAUGAUAUUUCUAAUUCUAGUUUUUACACUUUAUAGUAGAUACAUAUGUAUGCAGUAAAUGCAAAGCUUUAUGUACAUAGACACAUACAAUGUAUAUUUUUCCGCAAUAGAAACUUUCUUCCCAAAAAAUAAAAAAAUAAAUUUUCGCAAUUUUUGUA